AUGUCCUCAGAGUGGGCAUGGGGCAAGACUGGGGCAAGACUUCAACAGCCUCUGAGCACCCUCCUGAUUUCCAUGGUGUUAUUUUGUUUUAUCCACCAAAUGACAAUAAUGCUCUUUGUUUGUGAGGUUAUCAUCCCUUCAAUGGCUGAACUGGAUAAGGCCCUUCAUCAAAUCUAUAACUUCACCAGUGUUGUGAAUCUGUCUUGAGUGACCUGGCUCCACAUCCUCUACUACGUCAACAUCGUGCCCAACAAUGGACAGCUUUUUGUCUGGCUGAAGAGACACAUCGAGAACAUGGUGUACAUCAGUCUCGUUGUAGACAGGAUUGUGCUUCUUGUGACAGAGUUAGUUGGCUAUACUCGGCACUUUACAGAAGAUCAGCACAUUGCAGAAGAUCAACUCUUUAAUUAA